AUGCAGUCUGUUUCUAUGCCUAUUGGAGGACUUCUUGCACCGAAAAUUGGGUUCAGAGCUGUGACCAUCAUGGGGAUGAUUCUAAGCAGCGGCGGAAUUCUGCUUUCCAGACUGACGGUGGACCAUGGAUUGGGACCAUUUAUCGUGACUUACUGUAUUAUGUUUGGUCUUGGCAUCGGUUUGCCAUAUUCAGUUCUAAUGUCGGUAGCUUCCUCGUGGUUUCCUGAACAUCGCGCAACCAUUGUCGGAAUCAUUACCGCAGGCUUCGGAUGUGGAGCUCUUCUUUUUACGCCUAUACAGACGAAGAUCAUAAACCCGCAAGGCCUUACUAACUUAACUGAUCCGUCAAUAAAGGCCAAAGUCCCGAACGCAUUCCUCAUCCUCGGAGGCAUAAUGUUGGGCCUUCAAAUAAUCGGGUUUAUCAUUUGCCGAGAAAAGAAAGUCGUUGAAGUAGCAGAAACCAUUGGAUCCGAAAAUGACGCAAAGCUAGAACAGGACGACGAGUACUCUAACGCUUACAUGAAACCUAUAUGCUGGAAUAAUUCCUCACAAUAUGCCUUAUGUCCCUCACCACAGAAAACCAGUUCAAAAAAGUUAUACACUGAAGGAAGCUUUACGGACUAUCGACUUCUAUUUGUUGUGGUUGAUCUUCUUUUGCAACGUUAUACCCACAACGCUGCUAUCCUCGACAUUCAAGGCACGUUUGAAAUCCAUAUCUCUGUCUAUGGAGGGGAAAGUGGUCUGGAUGAUCACUAUCUCUCAAUUAUCGCAACUUUAAGCUCCGCCUUUAAUGCCUUGGGACGAGUGCUGUGGGGCAUAAUUGUGGACCACUUUUCUUAUAAGUGUCCGUACGGUAUCCUCACUUUCCUAUGGGCUGUAUUCUUUGCAACAUUUCCUGCUAUCGGAUCUUCGAGCGCGUUACGCUACAUCUAUCCAAUUUGGGUAUUUACCCUCUUCUUCCUACUGGCCGGCCAUUUUGUUAUUUCGCCUGGUGCCGCCGGACGUAUCUUUGGACCAAAAAACAUGGCAACUCUCUACGGCUUGAUAUUUUUCGCAACGGUAAGCAACACUUAA